CUUUCGCCUCCUGUUACCUGUCUAAAUAUAUCGAGUUCCUCCUUUAUAUUCCCUUUAAUUUGGGAGGCCAAUACGAUUCUCUGUUUUCGUAUGCUGGAGAUUGACGUCGAAGGUGAAGGGCAAUCAAUUUCUUCCACCCUGGAUGGACUAGACUCCGUCAACUUUCCUCGUUUGAUGCUAGACAACAAUGGAGUCAAUUAUGUCUCCUUUUCCGGAGGGGGACGACUCUGUCUCUCCUAUGACGACUUGGAGUCUUCAAGGAUCGAUCAACGACCCGGCAUUCCUCGCUUCGCAGGAUGAGCUUCGGGCGCUCUUAUUCACCACAGCCCAGACACCUGCGCCAAGUAGGAGGGGAAGUCUAGGUUCUCAUGCUGAGACGGAAAGAGGCGAUACAGAUACCGCAGAUGUUGGGGGGGCGUAUCGGCAGAUGCAACAGAUUCUUGCAAGUCAUCGGCGACUGGAGUAUCUUAAGAAUUAUAUUGGCCAAGUAGCUCCAUGGCUUGACAUGUUCGACUCUCAUCGAACAUUUGGUAUACAAAUUCCGGCAUUGUGCCGAAAUCCUGCCUUACUCUAUUCCAUCCUCGCCCUCUCUGCCAGGCAAAUGGAAUUGAAGGAAGGCAAGCGGCACACAUACGAUAGCCUGGAGCUAUACCAAGUAGCGAUCAAAUCGCUUAAACCACUUCUCCAAUCUCGUGACCAAGACGCGAUCGCCGUUUGCGUCAUAUUAUGCUGCAUGGAGAUGAUGUCUGCCAGUGGAGAAGAUUGGCAUCGACAUCUCGAUGGCUGUGCCGCCCUUUUUGAUUCUUUCAAUGUACAUGGCUUUAGUAACGGCCUAUGGCAGGCUCUCUUCUGGUGUUACGCGCGGAUGGACCUCUGCGGUGCGUUAAUGUCCGAUGGGACACAAGGAACUUUGAUCCAUUCUUCCAAAUGGCUACCUCCAGGAACUCCGGCCAACGAUGCUCAUACGCUGUUUGCGCAAGCCCAUUCAUCAGACAUGCAUGCGAACUACGCGGUAUAUCUCUGCGCGCAAAUCUGCGAGCUCCUCGCCGACCGGACGAAAUACGUCGAACUCGGCGAGGAGAAUGGCUGCACAGACGAGGUUUAUGUGGAGCGAUGGAUGCAACUGUGGGACGACCUGCAGUGUUGGCUCGACGAUCGACCAGCAGAAUUCCUGCCGAUCCAAACGAUCGAUGCAGAACCCUUUCCGUUUAUUCUAUUCCUACAUUGGGCGGCGAUCUCAGCUAAUCAGCUGCACCAUACCGGCUGUAUCCUGCUCCUCAAUAUGGCUCCCAAGUCGAUGAAGGGCAAAGUCAGCGUGGCGGAUGCGACGCUCGGUUAUGCGAAGCGGAUUUGCGGUAUUUCAGUGACGAACCCUCAUCAAGGAUGCUUGAACAACGCAAUCCAACCUUUGUGGAUCGCCGGACGCCAUCUGACACAUAGAUCAGAGCAUGCCAUCAUCAUCAAACUCUUCAAGAACAUCGAAGACAUAACUGGCUGGGUAACCAGCUGGCGAAUCGCAGACCUGGAAACAACUUGGGGAUACAAGAUUCGCAAGCCUUGAAGGAUACUAGGUCUUCGUACCCUU